AUGUCGUCCGGGGCGCAGGGCUGGGUGCGCGACCAGUGGAAGACGUAUCUGCGGUGGAGCGAGAAGAUGAUGGCGGCGUUUUGGAAGCUCUCGCUGCUGCAUCGCGCGCUGGUGGUCUUCGUCAUUUUGCUGGGAUGGACGUUUAUCAUCUUGUCUAUAUUGUACUCGGAGGCCUUCUUUGCUUGGCUGGCGACGGUGUCCAAGUCAUGGCGCGAGAUUCCUGGAGGCUGGCUCAUUGCCUUUAUGCUCAUCUUCGUCACCUCGGUCCCUCCCAUCGUGGGAUACUCGACUGCCAACACCAUUGCCGGCUUCGUCUACGGAUUCCCCAUGGGCUGGCCCAUUGCUGCGUCGGCGUGUAUCAUCGGCAGUUUGACUGCCUUCAUGGCCUGUCGGACGGUCUUGAGCGGCCAUGUCAACAAGCUGAUUGGCAACGACCACCGCUUCGUUGCGCUCGGCCAGGUUCUGCGCAGAGAUGGAAUCCUUUACCUGACGGGCAUUCGCUUCUGCCCGCUGCCGUUUAGCUUGAGCAACGGCUUCCUUGCUACGAUUCCGAGCAUAUCCCCUCUGUCGUUUGUCAUUUCGACGGCAUUGUCAACACCCAAACUCCUCAUCCACAUCUUCAUCGGCAGCCGCCUCGCCAUCAUCGCCGAGCAAGGCGAUGCAAUGCCCCUCCGCGACAAGAUCGUCAACUACACCGGCAUGAUCAUUGGCGGCGCAAUCGGCGCCGCCGCCGGCUACAUCAUCUACCGCCGCACCAUGGCCCGCGCCGACGAGCUCGCCCGCGAGGAGGCCAACAUCAAUGCCGCCGAGGAGGGCGCCGCCGGCUACGAGGACACCGACACCCUCAUGGACCCCGAGGAUGCGGCCGAUGUCAUGGGCGAUGACGACGUUUCGCUGUGGGACAACCAGGGGGAUGAUGGCUGGGGGGAUGCCUAUGAUGAUGAGGACGAUACCACGAAACUGACAAAGCUGAAUAAAGACUAG